CGACAAAGGCCGCGGCGGCGAACGGCGACGAGGCCGCCGCUGCGCCGAAGAAAGACCGGGGCAGACUGCGUGAGAUCAACGCAUGGGCCCAGAGGAAGGUCAUGGAGCUGAGUCAGGUGCAAUAUUCCUUUGCGAAUGGGAACCUCAGCUGCUUGUUCGCGCCCGCUGGACCAGCCGAGGUGACCGCUGACUAUGAUAGCGACACCGAGGUCGAGACGCGCGCCAUGGGGCUGUGGUUGCACCGCCCCAGGGUUUCUGCUGGUGGCCACUUCGAGCUCGACUUCGCAGCCGUCGUGGAUCCAGGCCCUCUUCGCCCCGUGGAGGAGACGGGGUAG